AUGGAGACACUGCUGCUGGGCGCGGGGUUGCUGCUAGGCGCCUACGUGCUUAUCUACUACAACCUGGUGAAGGCCCCUCGGUGCGGCGGCAUCUUGAGCCUGCGGGGCCGCACGGCCGUGGUCACGGGCGCCAACAGCGGCAUCGGGAAGAUGACUGCGCUGGAACUAGCGCGCCGGGGAGCGCGUGUGGUGCUGGCCUGCAGGAGCCGGGAGCGCGGAGAGGCGGCCGCCUUCGACCUCCGCCAGGAGAGUGGGAACAAUGAGGUUAUCUUCAUGGCCUUGGACUUGACCAGUCUGGCCUCUGUGCGGGCCUUUGCUACUGCUUUCCUGAGCUCUGAGCCGCGGCUGGACAUCCUCAUCCACAACGCCGGGAUCAGUUCCUGUGGCCGGACCCGUGAGCCCUUUAACCUGCUGCUACGAGUGAACCACAUUGGCCCCUUCCUGCUGACACAUCUGCUGCUACCCCGGUUGAAGACAUGUGCCCCCAGCCGUGUGGUGGUGGUAUCCUCAGCUGCCCACCGGCGAGGGCACCUCGACUUCACACACCUGGACCGCCCGGUGGUGGGCUGGCGGCAGGAGCUGCGGGCGUAUGCUGAUAGUAAACUGGCCAAUGUGUUGUUUGCCCGGGAGCUCGCCACUCAGCUUGAGGGCACUGGAGUCACCUGCUAUGCGGCUCACCCAGGGCCUGUGAACUCCGAGCUGUUCCUGCGCCAUGUUCCCAGAUGGCUGCGCCCACUUUUGUGCCCACUGGCUUGGCUGGUGCUCCGGGCACCAGGAGGGGGUGCCCAGACCCCCCUGUACUGCGCUCUGCAGGAGGGCAUUGAGCCCCUCAGUGGGAGAUACUUUGCCAACUGCCAUGUGGAAGAGGUGCUUCCAGCUGCCAGAGACGACCGGGCAGCUCACCGGCUGUGGGAGGCCAGCAAAAGGCUGGCAGGGCUUGGGCCAGGGGAGGAUGCUGAAUCUGAUGAAGAUCCCCGGCCUGAGGACCCAGGGACACCACCGAGCAGUCCCCACCCUGAGAAGCCAGUUUCUGAACCCUACCCCAGCCCUCAGAGCUCACCAGACUUGUCUGUCAUGCACUGA